AUGGCCGAAGCAAUCAAGGAAACUGUCUCCAAUCUGAUCGGCAAGCUUUCAGGCUCCUCCAUCGAGGAAGCUCCCCGCGAGCCUUCCACAGAGGAAUUUCAAUCCCUACAGAAGAAAUACACCGAUGCCGGACAAGGCCACGUCUUCGCCUUCGCCGAGGAACUCCCUACCGCCGAUAAAUCUCGGCUAUUCCACCAGCUGUCCAACUUUGAUGUCAACCGCAUCAAUGAGCUGGCCAACAUCGCCCUCAAUCCUCCCAAAACCGAAGAGACUACCUCCACCGUUGAGCCUCUUCCAGAGUCCGCUACAGCCUCCAUCAUUGACUCUGAUGCUGCCGAUCUUAAGAAAUGGUUCGAUUCGGGUUUGAAGGAGGUUGCCGAGAACAACGUUGCUGUGGUUUUGAUGGCUGGUGGUCAGGGUACUCGUCUUGGUAGCUCUGCGCCUAAGGGUUGCUUUGACAUUGGUCUUUUGAGCCAGAAGUCUCUUUUCCAGCUGCAGGCUGAGCGUAUUCAGAAGCUGCAAGAGCUUGCUCAACAGACUCACGGUGUGCAAUCGGCUGUUAUUCCCUGGUACGUUAUGACCAGUGGACCUACCCGUAAGCCCACAGAGGAGUUCUUCGAGAAAAGCAAGUACUUCGGUUUGGACAAGAACAACGUCUUCAUUUUUGAACAGGGUGUUCUGCCUUGUAUUUCUAAUGAUGGCAAGAUUCUGCUCGAGAGCAAGGGCAAGGCUGCUGUUGCCCCCGAUGGAAACGGUGGAAUCUACCAGGGUCUAGUGACCUCCGGUGCCCGCGAGGACAUGCGCAAGCGCGGCAUCAAGCACAUCCACAUCUUCGGUGUAGACAACUGCCUGGUCAAGGUAGCUGACCCAAUCUUCAUCGGUUUCUCCGCCGCCAAGGACGUCGACAUUGCCACCAAGGUCGUGCGCAAGCGUGACGCCGCCGAGUCCGUCGGCCUGAUCGUUCAGAAGAACGGCAAGCCCGACGUUGUCGAGUACUCCGAGAUCGACAAGGAAACCAGUGAAGCCAAGGACCCCAAGCAGCCCGAUGUGCUUAAGUUCCGUGCCGCCAACAUUGUCAAUCACUACUACUCCUUCCGCUUCCUCGAGUCUAUCGAGACCUGGGCUCACAAGCUUCCCCACCACGUGGCCCGCAAGAAGAUUCCUUGCGUUAACCCCGAGAACGGUGAGAGCGUUAAGCCUGCCAAGCCUAAUGGUAUCAAGCUGGAGCAGUUCAUCUUUGAUGUCUUCCCUCUUACUCCUUUGGACAAGUUUGCUAGCAUUGAGGUGCGCCGUGAGGAUGAGUUCUCUCCCUUGAAGAAUGCCCGCGGCACUGGUGAGGAUGACCCCGAUACCAGCCGGGCCGAUAUUCUCAAGCAGGGUCAGCGCUGGAUUGAGGCUGCAGGUGGUGUUGUCAUCACUGAUGGUGAGGCUUUUGGUGUUGAAGUUUCUCCACUGAUCAGUUACGCUGGUGAGAACCUCGACUUCCUUGCAGGUCGGGAGAUCAAGGCUCCUGCCAUCCUUGAGCGGGAAGAGUAA